CCUAGCUCUCCCAAGGCCUGGCAUGUGGGAGCCACAUGCUGGGUGCCCCAGACAGCCUAAUGCUCAUUCUCAGGCCGGACCUUCCAGCCUCUAGGUGCUGUGCUGUCCUGAAGCCCGGUCCAUGGUGCCCAAGGAAAGCCCCUGAAGCUCACCAGGAGGAAGACGCAUGCAGGGCACUCCUGCAGGAGGGACGCGCCCUGGGCCAUCCCCCAUGGACAGGCAGACACUCCUGGUCUUCAGUUUGAUCCUGGCAGCAGCUUUGGGCCAAAUGAAUUUCACAGGGGACCAGGUUCUUCGAGUCCUGGCCAAGGAUGAGAAGCAGCUUUCACUUCUCAGGGAUCUGGAGGGCCUGAAGCCCCAGAAGGUGGACUUCUGGCGUGGCCCAGCCAGGCCCAGCCUCCCCGUGGAUAUGAGAGUUCCUUUCUCUGAACUGAAAUACAUCAAAGCUUAUCUGGAGUCCCAUGGCCUUGCUUACAGCAUCAUGAUAAAGGACAUCCAGGUGCUGCUGGAUGAGGAAAGAGAGGCCAUGGCGAAAUCCCGCCGGCUGGAGCGCAGCACCAGCAGCUUCAGUUACUCCUCAUACCACACCCUGGAGGAGAUAUAUAGCUGGAUUGACAACUUUGUAACGGAGCAUUCCGAUAUUGUCUCAAAAAUUCAGAUUGGCAACAGCUUUGAAAACCGGUCCAUUCUUGUCCUGAAGUUCAGCACUGGAGGUUCUCAGCACCCAGCCAUCUGGAUUGACACUGGAAUUCAUUCCCGGGAGUGGAUCACCCAUGCCACCGGCAUCUGGACUGCCAAUAAGAUUGUCAGUGAUUAUGGCAAAGACCGUGUCCUGACAGAUAUACUGAAGGCCAUGGACAUCUUUAUAGAGCUCGUCACAAACCCUGAUGGGUUUGCUUUUACCCACAGCAUGAACCGCUUAUGGCGGAAGAACAAGUCCAUCAGACCUGGAAUCUUCUGCAUUGGCGUGGAUCUCAACAGGAAUUGGAAGUCGGGCUUUGGAGGAAAUGGUUCUAACAGCAACCCCUGCUCAGAGACUUAUCAUGGGCCCUCCCCUCAGUCGGAGCCAGAGGUGGCUGCCAUAGUGAACUUCAUCACAGCCCAUGGCAACUUCAAGGCUCUGAUCUCCAUCCACAGCUACUCUCAGAUGCUCAUGUACCCUUACGGCCGAUCUCUGGAGCCUGUUUCAAAUCAGAGGGAGUUGUACGAUCUUGCCAAGGAUGCGGUGGAGGCCUUGUAUAAGGUCCACGGGAUCGAGUACUUUUUUGGCAGCAUCAGCACCACCCUCUAUGUGGCCAGUGGGAUCACCGUUGACUGGGCCUACGACAGUGGCAUCAAGUAUGCCUUCAGCUUUGAGCUCCGGGACACUGGGCGCUAUGGCUUCCUGCUGCCCGCCACACAAAUCAUCCCCACGGCCCAGGAGACGUGGAUGGCGCUCCGGACCAUCAUGGAGCACACCCUGAAUCACCCUUACUAGCAGCACGACUGAGGGCAGGGCGGGAGGCUCCAUCCUUCUCCCCAAGGUCUGCGGCUCCUCCUGAAACCCAAGUUAUGCAUCCCCAUCCCCAUGCCCUCAUCCCGACCUCUUAGAAAAUAAAUACAAGUUUGAACAGGC